CCGUCAGUCACGUGACUAAUUUGUGACUUUCGGAAACAUGGCCGCUCCCUUUGGACCAACGCGGUCUCACUGAUUCCCUUUAGCCUUAGAGAAUUAGACACGCUCCUGAAAAAACAAUUUUUAUUCAGCUGCAUUUUAUUUCGCCGUGUAGCAUUAGCAGAGAUGAAGACAUUUUGUGGGAGAGCUAACCCGACCACUGGAGUUGUGGAUUGGGUGGAGGAAAGUGAGGAGUACGACUACCACCAGGAGAUAGCCAGGUCCUGUUAUGCUGAUAUGUUGCAUGAUCAUGACAGGAAUAAGAAGUACUACCAGGGCAUCCGAGCAGCUGUAUCCAGAAUAAAGGCCCGUGGUGAGAAGGUGAUUGUCCUUGACAUUGGGACAGGAACAGGCCUGCUGUCCAUGAUGGCUGUCACUGCUGGAGCAGAUUUUUGCUAUGCUGUGGAGGUUUUCAAGCCCAUGGCUGAAGCAGCUCAGUGUAUUGUGGAGAAGAACGGUUUUCAUGACAAGAUCAAAAUUAUUAACAAACAUUCUACUGAUGUGUCUGUGGGACCAGGUGGAGAUAUGCAAACGAAAGCCAACCUCUUGAUCACAGAACUGUUUGAUACAGAACUGAUUGGUGAAGGGGCCUUGCCCAGCUACGAGCACGCUCACCAAAAUCUGGUUCAUGAAGGCUGUGAGGCUGUUCCUCACCAGGCCACUGUCUAUGCCCAGCUGGUAGAGUCAGAGCUGUUGUGGAGUUGGGCUCAGCUGCAGCCAGUGGAGGUAAAAGAAGCCUGUCUGGUCCCUCCACCCUCCGUGGGCCGCUGUGCAGGGGCUCCGUCAGUGUGUGACAUCCAGCUGAGCCAAGUGCCUCCCAACAGCUUCACCCCACUGAGUCCGCUCUGCACCAUGUUCAGUGUGGACUUUAGCAAACCAGUAAGCAGCGCUUUCCGGUCACAUUCCACCAAGUUUGUAGCUCAGGCCAGUGGUCAUGCUCAAGUGGUCCUGUCCUGGUGGGACCUUAACAUGGAUCGCAGUGGAGGGAUUGUGUGCACCAUGGCUCCUAGUUGGACAUACUCAGAUUCUAAAACUGCUCCCUGGAGGGACCACUGGAUGCAGAGCGUGUACUUCCUGCCCGUAGAGCGCCAGGUGGCAGCAGGAGAGGAGCUCAGCCUCACUGUCUGCCAUGAUGACUACAGUCUAUGGUACAGCCUGCAGUCUCAGAGUCAGCAGGAGUCAGAGACUGGAGCUCCUUCCUCUCGACCAUGCUGUACUUGUCAGGCUCACAUGGUCUGGACUCGGUCUCGUUUUGGCGAAAUUAAUGACAAACGGCGCACAGAAAGCUACGUUAGUGCACUUCGUAGUGUUCUGAGGGAGGACAGUAUUUGUCUUAGUGUCAGUGACGGGAGCCUGCUUCCUGUGUUUGCUCACAUGCUUGGAGCCAAACAGGUGUUUAGUCUGGAAAACUCCAGAAUGAACAAGCAGAUUAUCGAGCAGGUGUUGGAAGCCAACUCAUUUAAAGGAGGUGUUGAGCUGCUGGAGAUUAGGCCUGAGCAGCUGUGCAGUAAUGAUUUAGGAGGAGACCAGAUCUCAGUCUUGAUGGGUGAGCCGUACUUCAGUACCAGCCUGUUACCCUGGCACUCUCUGUUCUUUUGGUACUGCCGAACUGCGCUGGCAGGCCUCCUCCACCCCAGUGCCACCAUUUUGCCCCGCUCCGCCACACUCCACGUGGUGGCUGUGGAAUUCCGGGAUUUGUGGAGGAUAAGGGCACCGUGUGGAACAUGUGAGGGCUUUGAUGUCACACCUAUGGAUGAAAUGGUCCAGCGAUCUCUGGAUUUCCGUGAGUCCCGUGAGGCUGAGCCCCACCCCCUGUGGGAGUACCCAUGCCAUGCACUGACCCCGUCAAAGGCCAUCAUGACCUUUGACUUCAUGCAGUGUGUGCCCCAGCAGCCAGUCAGCACUCAGGGCUUGCUGCCUUUUGUAAGAGCUGGUCAUUGCCAUGGUGUGGCACUGUGGAUGGAAUUCCAGCUAACAGAAGACAUCAUUGUCAGCGGAGGUCUACUUAGAUCAAUCAGUGAGCAGGGCCACUGCGAGUGGAGCCAACACAGGAAACAGGGCGUGUAUUUCCUCAGGCCACCAAGGGAGAUCUCAGGUGAUGGACGUGCUGCAUUGUCCUAUAGCUUCACAUUCGAACCCGUCUUAGGAGACAUUAAGAUGGACUUCAGCAUUGAGCCUCAGUGACACACAUGGCUGAUUUAACUUUUUACCUCAUGUUGGCUUCGUACUUAAUAUGUCUGCUUCAGCCACUAUUAAUGUUCUGACUGACACUGCCAUUUGCUUUCGUAGAGCAUUAUCUGUUACUAUUAACUCUAUAAAGUGUUUUUAGUGAAAAUUUCAAAGAAAUUUACUGAAAUGAAGUAUGGGCUGUAAAAUGGUGUUUUAAGUUAUUACAAAAGUAAAAUCUGUUUUAGGAAGCAGAGCUCAUUGACAGUUUACUGGCCAAUCGUUCACUACUUUUUUAUAGAGAUGUUUUGUAAACUUUUGUCCUGUGAUUGGUAUUUUGUUAAAGGAUUUCCACAGAGAGUAGGACAUCAUGCUGUGGUGCUUUGUCCCACUUACUAGAGCCCGACUUUAAGUUAUUAAAAAAAGUGACUAUUUUAUGCAGAAUUUACUUUCAAGGUCCACACACAUAGUAAGACAAAUGUGCAUUCAGUCUUGUUAGAAGUAACAGACUUACUAGCACAGUCACAAGAAAAGAAACUGCUGUGGAUAUAUUUCAUUUAUACUGGUCGUGCUGGUACUGUAUCUACAGUUUUUAUUGGACGCUUUGACCUGUGUUACGAAACUAGUUUCCACUCAGUCUUCAUCAUCACUAUUUCAGCAGAUCUUCAGACACAUGAAGCAAAUGUGCAAACCUUUUCUCAUUAGAUACGUUUUCUCCUCCCUUUUGCAAAACAGUUAGCACUGUCAUUCAAACUGUCUAAACUCCAUUGUUUACGCUUCGGUGACCAAAGAGAAACCAUCUGUUCCUGACCAUUAAAAGCCAGUAAGACCAGUAUCAAUUCACCAUAGCACCUGUUUGACACUCCACAAAAUUUUCAAUUUGUAAUGCCUUAGGCCUUAAAAUGGUUCCAGGCCUGUGUUGUUCUUAACCAGCAUGGAUGGAGGAGGUCUAAAGCAGAGACUGAGUAUCAACAGUGGCUUAUCCUUUAAAAGAUUUGAUUGUAAUUUGGUUUAUGUGUUUUCUGUAAUAUUUACAAUAUUUCAGUUUUUUGUCACAAAUUGAAAAAAUUAAUGUCAUGAAUUCAAUAAAUCAAACCAUUUUUUCA